AUGUAUGCUGCGCUCACUUGCCAUCCUCCUCUAGGACAGACCACGACAGUUCCCGCCCACAAGCAAUCGGUCAGGUUCACGGUCCUGAUAGAGAGCUCAGCUGGGUCAGGAAAGAUCUGGGAGGUUGCGUUGUGGCAUAAUUUCGAUGGCCGAGAGGAGUGGGCCAGUCUGAGCCUUAAGCCAGCACCAGAACCAUCUCUCACGGUCAUCAAGUCUAGCCAUGCAAAUAUUCGCCGACAGUUCUUUUCCAUUGAUCUGCCUGGAUGUCCGAAGCAUGGCGGUUCGCUAUCGUAUACCGUUACGUUCAGAUCGGGCAAGGACGAGCCCUGGAAGUGGGCUAACGAGCAGUUCUCCACCUCGGACGGACGCCUUAUCUACCAGUCGGAAGAUGCGUUGAGCGAGGACUUGACAAACUAUAUUGACGGACUGCCCCCAUAUCUGCAGAUUGGGAGAGAACAGAGCGAGUCUCCAGAAACACUACUAUGGUCAAUCACCAGCCCUGUCAAUGGCGCCUCUGGAGCAACCUCGGGUUAUUCAAACAACAAUCUCGGCAGGCCACUUGAUCUGACUCGAUGGUUUGCACUGGUACGUCUAUGGAGUCCUUGGCUGGCUCCAAGACAGGGCAAAGACCGCUUUCAACCUGACAAGGAAGCUGUCCUUGCAACAUUCGAACGUGAAGAUGGCUCACAUUUAGUCGUCCUGGCGGUGAGCGGUGUGGAUGAUGUACUGACAACGCUGGGUCAUGAUGGUGAAGGACGAAUUGUGAUUCACUCCCGUAACGACAGUGAGGAAGAUGGCAUCUCCCGGUUGGUCGCUGCAGUGGGGAAAGACCUGAAUCAUGCCAUAGCAGCAGUGAUGUACCACGCACGAAAGCUAGUUAUGAAGUAUGGUAUGGGAUCCGAAGAGGCUGAAGCUGAGUUCAAGGCUCUUACAGACGAUUUCAAGCCUGAGUGGUUAGAGAAUUGGUAUGAUGGGCUGUCCUAUUGCACCUGGAAUGGUGUUGGUCAGCAUCUCACCGAACAGAAACUUUUUGAUGCGCUAGAAUCACUGGCCAAGAAUGAGAUCAAUAUCAGCAACCUGAUUAUUGACGAUAACUGGCAGUCAUUAAACCACGAAGGUGGUGACCAAUUCAAGAACGCAUGGAUCGAAUUUGAAGCCUCCAAGAAUGGGUUCCCACGCGGUCUGAAAGCGACGGUCGGCGACAUUCGCAGCAAGUACAAGAACAUAAAACACAUUGCCGUAUGGCACGCUAUCUUCGGUUAUUGGGGUGGCAUUGCACCAGAAGGUAAGCUUGCGAAAGAGUACAAAACCACUGUGGUCCAGAAAAAAGAUGGUGUGUCAGGAGGCAAGUUUACCGUCAUUGCUGAAGAAGAUGUCAACCGCUUCUACAAGGACUUCUACCAAUUCCUCAGCUCUGCUGGUAUCGACUCGGUCAAGACGGACGCCCAGUUCUUUCUCGAUGAGCUGGACGAUGCUCCCGAUCGCCGAAGCCUGAUAAAAUCCUACCAGGAUGCUUGGAACAUCGCCCAGCUCCGUUAUUUCUCUGCUAGGGCUAUUUCGUGCAUGUCACAAACGCCCCAGAUGAUAUUCCAUUCGCAACUUCCCUCCAACAAACCGCGUAUACUACUACGCAAUUCGGACGACUUCUUCCCCGAGGUUCCCGCGUCUCACCCCUGGCACAUCUUCUGCAACGCUCACAACGCUAUUCUCAAUCAAUAUCUGAACAUUCUCCCUGAUUGGGACAUGUUUCAGACCUCGCAUGACUACGCCUCAUUCCACGCCGCCGGACGUUGUGUGUCAGGUGGACCGAUCUACAUCACCGACGUACCCGGCCAACACGACAUCAACUUGAUAGGUCAGAUGUCAGGGAACACUCCUCGCAACGAUACAGUCAUUCUUCGCCCUCACACAGUUGGCAAAAGUACCUCAGCGUACAACUCAUAUGAUGCCCCCGUGCUACUUAAGGUCGCAACUUACGUUGGAAUGGCUCACAGUGGAGUCAGCAUCUUGGGCGUAUUCAACUGCACACAGCGACCGCUUUCCGAAUUGAUUGGGCUGGACUCAUUUCCUGGCGCUGAAAAAGGUGCGUACGUUAUCAGGAGUCACACCAGCGGUCAGGUCACCAAACCCACCACCAGCGAAACAAACGACGCGUUUGUACACCUGGAGCUACCCACUCGAGGAUGGGAGAUACUGUCCGCCUUCCCACUACAGUCUUUCAAGCUGAAGCGCAGCCAUGAUGCAGAGGGCCCGGAAGAAGUGCAGGUAGCCAACCUGGGUGUCUUGGGCAAGAUGACUGGGGCUGCUGCUAUCGUGAACACAGACAGCUAUGUCGACCGAUCUUCAGGUCGAUUGCGCGUUUGGACGUCCCUGAAAGUGCUGGGCACAUACGGCCUCUACAUCUCCGACCUCAGAGAGCGCAACCUAGAUGACGACGUUAUGGCUUUGAUCUUCGGACGACCGAUCGCGAGACACUGCGUUAAGAUCAGCGACAAAUGUGAAAACGUCCUCGAAAUAGACACGACACGAGCUUGGAAGGAAAGCGACUCAAAAGCAUCUUGGAGCAACGAAGUAGCCGUGGAGGUGGUCGUUCGGUGA